AUGAAUGACGACGGCGUCGUGCUCAUUCUCAUGCUAGCACUCGCGCAUGAGGGUAAACAAGAGAAGGGUGAGCGACAAAGGGGCCAGCACUGCCAUACAAGAGCAGAUCUGCAUCCCGAGCCACGCUAUGGCACGGCAUGGGAGGCGAUUUAUGGCGCUGGAAACGAUAGAGCAUUUAUUACAACGACUGGAUUCGACGUUAGAUUGAUUCUUGAAGAUGGUGCUCCACAUCAUACAAGAAAUGACGUCGACGCUUCUGGUGAAUCCAGGCCGGAUCGUCACUCUCCUUCCGAUGCUGCAGCGCUCGGCUUGCGGUAUUUGGCGUUUUCGGUGCAAAUUCUUUUGGAGGUGUUCAAGAGCAUCCCAGUAGCUACGAUCAGCUGGCCUGGGACUGACGAUGAAGAUGUCUUUGCAGACUACGCUGGCAUGAUUUCGUUGCGUCACCCCUUGCUGACAAAGGGUUUUUUCUUCGUUGACGGCGUGAACAUUCCUGUAGCAGAGUCUGAAUUUGAUGAUAUUCAGAACGCGUAUUAUAACGGCUGGACCUGCAGUCACUACUGCUCGAACGUUCUGGCGUUUGCUCCCGAUGGUAGCACUAUUCGGGCAACUAGCAUCCCCAGUCGGCUUAUUCACGUUCAGCAGGCCACUAAACUUUUUCUUCAGAGACGUAAGGUCUCGCUCCGCGCGAUCAAACUCAUUCACGUAGUCCUCGUAGUGGUGCAACACAACCUCCCAUUCGUUUGCUCCAGUUGGGAGAACUAUACCGCUGAUCUCUAA